AUGCUGCAACUCCCGCAAGGGAGGCCUCACGCCAGGGAGCUGAAGAUCGGGAACGGGACUGGCUUCUGGACGCUGAGCCUCUCGGUGGGCAUUCACUGGCACGGGAUGCACAGAGCCCCUGGUGUACCGCUGCAUGGCCAGGAGGAUGCACAGGCGGAGCGACUGACCACAGGCGCUGUCCUCUUGCCCAGCUGGCACGACGAUGAGCAGAUGGAGCCCCGUGUGCUCACAUCGGUUGGAGCUUGCUGCCUUGGCGACGAUGCCGGCGAUGCUGGGCUCUCCCAGCGAUCGCUACGGCGGGCUAUGGGCCGCGUGCAGAAACUGACCCAAGCCUUGCUUCGUGGUGAAAGUCUGGCAGCACCGUGCCCCCCAGCGCGGCCCGGGUAG